AUGGUGAUGGUGGAGGUGGAGGUGGUGGUGGUGGUCAUGGUGUUGGUCAUUGUGGUGGUGAUGGUCAUGGUUAUGGUGAUGGUCAUGGUAGUGGUGGUGAUGGAAGAAGGCAUCGUGAAGGAGAUCAACAUCAGCUAUCAUGUGAAGGAAGGAUUUGAGAAGGCGGACCCUUCGCAGUUCGAGCUGCUCAAAGUUCUAGGACAAGGAUCCUACGGGAAGGUGAGUCUGUUGAAGGGGCGUGCAGACGCCCGGUCCCUAGGGCGCGUGAAGGUGGGAGAGAAGGAAAACCUCAAGUUGCGGGACCGGGUCCGGUCCAAGAUGGAGAGGGACAUCCUGGCCGAGGUGAACCACCCAUUCAUCGUGAAGCUUCAUUAUGCCUUUCAGACAGAAGGAAAGCUGUACCUAAUCCUGGACUUCCUGCGGGGAGGGGACCUCUUCACCAGACUCUCCAAAGAGGUGAUGUUCACUGAGGAGGAUGUCAAGUUCUACCUGGCAGAGCUCGCCUUGGCCUUGGACCACCUGCACGGCCUGGGGAUCAUCUACAGGGACCUGAAGCCAGAGAAGCGUCGGUGGCCCACCCAGGGCCUCUGCGUUCAGCGGGGCAGAGUCCUCAUGUUUCUGUCCUGUGCUAUUCUGCAGUUCGAGAUGCUGACGGGUUCCCUGCCAUUCCAGGGGAAGGACCGCAAGGAAACCAUGGCCCUCAUCCUCAAAGCCCUCUUCAAACGGAACCCCUGCAACCGGCUAGGUGCUGGCCUGGACGGAGUGGAGGAGAUUAAGCGCCAUCCCUUCUUCGGGACCAUAGACUGGAACAAGCUGUACAGGAAGGAGGUCAAGCCGCCCUUCAAGCCUGCGGUGGGCAGGCCGGAGGACACCUUCCACUUCGAUCCCGAGUUCACAUCCAGGACACCUACAGAUUCCCCUGGCGUGCCUCCCAGCGCCAACGCCCACCAUCUGUUCAGAGGAUUCAGCUUUGUGGCAUCAAGCCUGGUCCAGGAACCCUCGCAGCAAGACCUCCACAAGGUCACGGCCCACCCCAUCGUGCAGCAGUUGCAUGGGAACAACACCCACUUCACCGACGGCUAUGAGAUCAAGGAGGACAUCGGGGUGGGCUCCUACUCCGUGUGCAAGCGAUGUGUGCACAAGGCCACAGACACGGAGUAUGCCGUGAAGAUCAUUGACAAGAGUAAAAGGGACCCCUCGGAGGAGAUUGAGAUCCUCCUGCGAUACGGCCAGCACCCGAACAUCAUCACCCUCAAAGACGUCUACGAUGACGGGAAGUAUGUGUACCUGGUAAUGGAGCUGAUGCGCGGCGGCGAGCUCCUGGACCGGAUUCUGCGGCAGCGAUACUUCUCGGAGCGCGAGGCCAGUGACGUGCUGUGCACCAUCACCAAGACCAUGGACUACCUGCACUCCCAGGGGGUGGUGCACCGCGAUCUGAAGCCAAGCAACAUCCUGUACACGGAUGAGUCUGGGAACCCCGAGUCCAUCAGGAUCUGCGACUUUGGAUUCGCCAAACAACUGCGAGCCGAGAACGGACUGCUGAUGACACCCUGCUACACGGCCAACUUUGUCGCCCCCGAGGAUGUUGUAUCCCAGAUGCUCCACGUGGACCCCCAGCAGCGCCUGACGGCUGUGCAGGUCCUCAAGCACCCGUGGGUUGUCAACAGAGAGUACCUGUCCCAGAGCCAGCUCAGCAGACAGGAUGUCCACCUAGUGAAGGGGGCCAUGGCCGCCACCUACUUCGCGCUGAACAGGACCCCUCAGGCACCCAGACUGGAGCCAGUGCUCUCGUCCAGCCUGGCCCAGCGCCGCGGCAUGAAGAGACUGACAUCCACCCGGUUGUAG